GCUGGAGUGAAGGUGGCUAGGAGGUAGUUUCUCUUUCUCCCUUACCUUUAUUGUUGCUUGUGUUGGAAGGCGACUGUUCAGAGUUUUCCAGAUCUGAGAGACUUCAGAGAGCUCUAGUCCUCAUGCUGGAAUGGCAGAAGAUGAGCCUGAUGCUAAGAGCCCCAGGACUGGGGCAAGGGCCCCUCAAGGUGGUGCUGAGGCUGGGGAACCUACCACCCUUCUUCAAAGGCUCCGUGGCACCAUUUCCAAGGCCGUGCAGAACAAAGUAGAGGGAAUUCUGCAAGAUGUACAGAAAUUCUCAGACAAUGACAAGCUGUAUCUCUACCUUCAGCUCCCCUCAGGGCCCAGCACUGGAGACAAAAGCUCAGAGCCAAGUACACUCAGCAAUGAGGAGUACAUGUAUGCCUACAGGUGGAUCCGCAACCACCUGGAAGAACACACAGAUACCUGUCUGCCAAAGCAGAGUGUUUAUGAUGCCUAUCGGAAGUACUGUGAGAGUCUUGCCUGUUGUCGCCCGCUCAGCACAGCCAACUUUGGCAAAAUCAUCAGAGAGAUCUUCCCUGACAUCAAGGCCCGAAGACUUGGUGGCCGGGGCCAGUCCAAGUACUGCUACAGUGGCAUACGGCGGAAGACCUUGGUAUCUAUGCCACCCUUGCCUGGACUUGAUCUGAAGGGUUCUGAGAGUCCAGAAAUGGGCCCAGAAGUAACCCCAGCACCCCGGGAUGAACUGGUGGAGGCAGCCUGCGCUCUGACCUGUGACUGGGCAGAGCGAAUCCUGAAACGGUCCUUCAGCUCCAUUGUUGAGGUUGCCCGCUACCUACUACAGCAGCAUCUCAUCUCUGCCCGAUCUGCCCAUGCCCAUGUGCUGAAGGCCUUGGGGCUUGCUGAAGAGGAUGAACAUGCCCCUCGGGAACGGUCAUCUAAAUCCAAGAAUGGUGUGGAGAACCUGGAGGGUGGAGCCCAGAAGAAACCAGAGAGACUGGCCCAGCCUCCUAAGGAGCUAGAAACCCGGGCUGGAGCUGGCCAUCAAGUGCGUGGAGAGAGAAAGAAAAGUGUAAUUGAGAGCUCAGCCCCAGCAGCCAGUAACCCACAGGUUAAUGCCCUAGUGGCCCGGCUGCCUCUGCUCCUUCCUCGGGUGCCUCGUGCACUUAUUCCGCCAAUCCAAGUGUCUUCACCCAUCCUGGCUCCCAAGAUUUCUUCAAGCACUCUGAAAGUAGCUACACUGCCUCUGCCAAGUAGGGCUGGGGGACCUCAAGCAGCUGUGCCCAUUAUGUUCUUACCAACUGUUCCUGCUUUGCCUGGGCCAGGGCCAGGGCCUGGGCCUGGGUCUGGGUCAGGGCCUGGGCCAGGGCGAGCUCCACCUGGGGGACUCACUCAGCCCUGGGGCACAGAGAACAGGGAGGUAGGCUUAGGUGGUGACCCACGACCCCGAGACAAGGGUGCCAAGAGGACAGCUGAAGUACCUGUGAGUGAGGCCAGUGGGCAGGACCCACCAGCUAAAGCAACAAAGCGGGAUACAGAGGAUACAGUAAGUGAUGCCAAAAGAAAACGGGGGCGCCCUCGAAAAAAGUCUGGUGGAAGUGGGGAAAGAAAUUCCACCCCUGAAAAGUCAGCAGCUGCCAUGGACUCUGCCCAGUCCUCAAGGUUACCAUGGGAGACAAGGGAUUCAGGAGGUGAAAGCAACUUAGCUAGUGGGUCAGAGAGGCCAAGGGCAAUGGGAGAGGCUGAGCAGGGGGCAGUGCUUGCCCAAGGUCAGGAAGAUGGUACUGUUUCCAAAGGAGGAUGGGUCCCCAGUUUGCGGCAAGCCAAAGAAACAGAAGAUAAAAUUCCUCCUGUCCCCCCAAAAGUGAGUGUCAUUAAGGGCAGUAGAAGCCAAAAGGAGGCUCUUCUGUUAGUAAAGGGAGAGGCAGACAUUGCAGCACAGGGUAAUAAAGGCUUAAAGGGGCAUAUGCUUCAAAGACCCUUAACUCAUGAGCGUAAAGACCCCAAAGCAACACCCCCUUGACAGGCUUGCGGGGGAAGAGUGGCUGUAGCUCUGUGUUACCUCUAUCUGACUGCCUGGUAGAGACCCUUCUCUGCACUUGCUUCUCAUUUGGCUGUUCCUCCCCUAAGGGACUCCAUUCUCUGUAUAGACAGUGGAAUCACCCCAUCUUACAUAGUGCCUGGUGGCUGCCUCUUUCCUUUCCAGCUCAAUACCUUGACUUUUAGUAUAACCAAUAAAUCUGUAGUGACCUUCCCACCUGGAUCCCUGUGCUCUCCUGUGGGGAAGGUAGGGAUAGGGUAAGUAUGAUGAAUGUAUAGGUUAGGGAUCUUCUGGUUUUCAAUCACAGAAAACCUAACUCAAACUUUAUAUUAAAAAAAAAAAAAAAAGAUUGAUUGGCUCAUGUAACUGCAAAGUCCAGAGGUACUGCUGGCUCCAGGUGAAGCUUGGUAUGCUUGCUCAAUAUGUUUUUAAAUACCUGAUUUUUAGUCUUACUGCUCCAUCUAAUUUAAAUCUUCUAAGCCUGGGCCACCUCAUACCUGCCAGCACUCCUUGGAUGACAUGUUGCACAAUCAGCAGAAAUCCUAACAAAAACCCAAAGGUUGACUCUGACUAGGCCAGCUAGUCACAUGCCCACCCCUGACCAGUCGGUGUGAGUAUGAGGUGGUGUAUUAAUCAUGGACCACUUCUUUGGGGAAAAGGGUAGAAUCAGCUUCCUCAAAAUCAGAUUACACAGACACAGACUGGGGGAGGGUGGUGCUGGGAGGCAGCCAACACCCAGCUACAACUACCAAGUACAUGUAUUUAAGCUUGCUAGGUUGAAAUCAGCUAGACCUGAUGCUUUUUCCCUCAUUCUUGCAUCUCCCUCACUGCAACUGUAGUUUCUUUCCUCUUGUUCUAGUCUCUGAGGGAAAGAGACAGAAAUCAUUCUCCUUUAGGGACAUCCCGUUCAUUCUCAUUUAGAUGACAAGUCCUUUUUUACCACCUACAUCUCAGAGACAGAACUCUUUUUCCUAUUUCUGAAUUUUCUCUCAUUACUGCUUCCUUAUCCCCUAACCUAUUACUGCCUCUUUCACUAUCCUUCCUAUUCAUUUCGUUAAAUUCACUCUGUAUCCACCAGGUGUCAGUCUCCUGUCAUACAUGUGUCAGGACUUAGCCAGAGCCGCGGGAUUUAGACUAGUUGUAUGGAAUGAGGUUGUUCUGCAUGUCAGGGAGCACCAGCAGAAGGAGAUCCAGAUCCUCCAGGUGUGACCUUGGGAAAAGCAGUAAGGCAACCCAUAUUUAUUGAGGACCUACUUUGUCCUCUACAUAAGAUAGCUUCUGUCAGGGAAUCUUGGCUCUUCCCAAGAAAUAAGAUUUUCUUCCAGGGAGAUGUCAUUCAUUUGUCCAUUUACUUCCACCACAACAGAUUCUUUUUAAAUUAUAUAUAAUAUUUGAUAUCUAUAAAGAAUAUAUGUAACAUGAGUAAAUUAUGAAAUAUAAUGAGUACCUAUGACCCAUCACUCAAUUUACACAUAAAAGCAUUAGAAAUAUCCUUGAGUUUGUGCUUCUCCCUGUCCUGUGCCCACUGCCUCUUCCUAGAGGUAACCACUGGCCUUGAUUUUGUUUUUUUAAAUCACUUGUUAUAUAUAUUUUAACCAUGUAUGUAUAUUCUAUAAAAAUGUAUUUUGCUUGUUUAGCUUUACAAAAGUGUUACUCUACUAGUCCCUUGAAGUUUGCUUUUUUUGCACUUAACAUCAUUUCUAAGAUUCAUCCAUGUUACCAUAGCUUAUACUCACUCACUUUCAUAUGUGUAAUAUUCUAUCAAGUGCGUAAACCAUGACUCACCUAGCCAUUUGCCUGUCGGUGGACAUGUGGGCCUUUCCAGUAUUUUGCUAUUUCACAGUGCUGCUAUAACUUUCUAUGUUAGUGCCUUUGUUUUUAGUAAGAUUUCUAAAGUGGCUUUGAAGAUGGUCUCUUUGGUCUGUAUACCCUCAGAGCUGCGGACUGUUCUCUCUUGUUCUGUUCUUUGGCAAAGUUUACAUCAGAUUGAAAUGAACUGUUCUUGAAUGUUUGGUAAAACUUACCUAUAAAACCAUAUGAACCUUCUAUUUCUUUGUGGGAAUUAUUUUAAGUAUUGGAUUGAUUAAUAGCUAUAGACUACUUCCUAUUUCUUUUUGAGUCAGUUUAGGUGAAGUAUUUCCUAGUAUUUUUGUACGU